AAUUUUCGGGGUCAGAUUAGUUGCGGUCAAUUAUAUCGAUUGUUUUACCGAAUUAUAUGUUCGUUCUCUCUCUCUCUCUCUCUCUCUCUCUCUCUCUCUGAAAGAUAUGCUCGUCAAGUAAUUUUAUAAUCAUUGUGUUAUGCCAGAAAGAACGUUCUAAAUUCACAACAUGGCACAAGAAGUCGAGGAAACCAUGAAACGUAUACAAUCUCAUAAGGGCGUUGUUGGAACUAUUGUAGUAAAUGCAGAAGGAAUUCCUAUUAAAUCCACAUUGGAUAAUACAACGACAGUGCAAUACGCCGGCCUGAUCAGUCAGCUGUCAGACAAAGCACGCUCUGUAGUUCGUGAUUUGGAUCCAACAAAUGAUCUAACAUUUUUACGUAUUCGUAGCAAAAAACACGAAAUAAUGGUUGCCCCAGACAAAGAAUUCAUUCUCAUAGUAGUUCAAAAUCCAGUAGAUUGAUAUUUCCAAAAAGGAAUUAUGCAUUGUAAGCCUUCGCAAAAUUUGAAUUUUAUGUUUGUGACUAUUAUUUUAUUUGUUAUUUAAUACAUUCCACUUAAUCAUUUUACCAUUGAGAAAUUCAUUGUUAUGUUAACUUAUCAAUUAAUUAGAUUGUUAUGAAAUAAGAGUAUAUAUAUGUGUCGCGCGCGCGUGUAUAUACAUAUAUAUAUAUAUAUAUAUAUAUGUGUGUAUAUAUAUAUAUAUAUAUAUAUAUGUGUGUAUAUAUACACACGCACACACGUUUCACAUGUAUCCUUAAAACAUAAAUAAAAAUAAUAAAAAAAAUAUAAAUGCGGAAAAGAAUCUUUUAGCAUUGAUGAAGUACUAAAUAUAAAACUGCACUUGAAAGAUUAUUAAUUUAACUUGUACGCAAAAUACUGCUCGUUAAUAUUAUAUGUUAUAUGUAAUCUUAUUUAAGGUUAAGUAUUAAUUAAUGACAUGUUAAUUUCUUCAAUCUGAUUCUGUUUACAUAUACAAUUUAUUCUAAUUCUUAAAUCUUUUAGCGUAUAUAAAUUACUUGAGAUAGUGUUACUAUAGGUUACGGAAGAUCGAUACAACUUAUUUUCUUCUCUUAUACGUCUAAAUAUUAAAAAAUUCAUAUAAAAAUGAAUAAAUUAUUAGGGAAUGUUACGUGUGACGCACGCGCGACACACGAGAUAUGAUAAUAUUAAAUGCGACAUUUAUCUACCUAAGUAUUAUCUCUUGCACAUUAUCAUGAAGAUCUCAAUCUUCAUUAUUUAAGUUCGAUUGUGGUUGACUCUUUCUAACUGGAUGAUAAAGUGUAUAAUAAAGAAUCAUGGCAGUGAUACCUAAGAUGAAAGGCACCGUGGAAGGGACAAUAUAUAGAAAAAAGUACCAAGAGUGUUUUGCUUCUAUAGAAAAAUUGAACAUCCAAAGAAGAUUAGCGAUAACAUUUUCUAAAAAGCAUAGGCUGUAAAAAAAGGAAUGCUUUAAAAGAGUAUUGCCAUCUAUAACAUUUAAAUAUACAAAUAUAUGGAGUAGACCUAUGACCAAUGCAAGAAGCACGGAAUAAAAUCGUUCCGUUAUCGUUGGUGUCAUAUGAGGAGCACGAUUAUUCUUACGACAAAACUGUAAUAUACCAUGUGAAUCGAUCAAAAUCCAAAUUGUCAUGGCAAUCCAAUGACAGAUACAAGCGAUGCCGGUGUAUAACGGCCAUAUACUGGCAAUUAAACUCACAAUUAAUAUUCUUGAGACUGUAAUCAAACAAGAUUACAUAACAAAUGGCAUAUCCUGCAUUACUACAACUUAUUCUAUAAUAUUAAACAUACCUGUAACGAGGAAGUGCCAAAAAAAUUGACAUAUGCUACCUCGAAUGUUCAUUAUUUCCUUAUCAUGUUGGGCCAAACGAAUGGUGCGAUUGUAACUUGCCAUGGCCCAACCCAUACUGACUAAAGAACUAACAAUACUACAGACUUGAUGUAUAACUAGAAAAGAAGAAGGGAAGAAUUUCUAAUUAUUAUAUUAUAGAGUACCUUUAUAUAAUUAAAUUCGAUUAAAUAUAAUUGAAAAGGACAAAUACAUUCAAGAUUUAUAUCUCUGUUAUAAUGCUUCAAUAAAAUCGUUAAUUGCAAAACUUGCUGAGGUGCUGCUUCUAGAAAGCAUUCAAAUAUUCUCAAGAGGGCAACGUCUUGAUCUUCCUUAAGCAUUUUAAGAUAAUAUCGUCUUUGGCCAUUGCGAUCACCUACUUUCUCACAUUUACGUGCCUUUAAAGCAUAAAUCAGAGUAUCAUAAUAACGUAUCACAGGUGCUAAUUGGAAAGCCACCGCCAAGACGCAAUAUAUUUUCUUCUUAAUCAUCACUUGUGUACAAGACUUAUGAUUUUCUAAUUGUCCCAAGUCUGACUCUGUCUACAAUACACAAGAUAUAAAUGAGAGCGUGGCAAUUUUUAUGGACUAUAAAAGAAGUAUUCUAUACGCUUGACUUUUCUUUUACUCCCUUGAAAAGGGCAAAACGUAGUACAGAUUCAAUAAUCGCAUUUACCUUUUCGUCUUGAUGUUGCAUUCUUCUACUAAUAAUUACAUUUAUAAAAGAUGGAAUAAGUAGAAAGACAAGGGUCCAAAUAAAAUAUAUUACUUUAUUUGCCAAUAGAUAUCUUACCGCGAUAUUGAUAUCAAAUGCCAUGUCAAUUAAGUGCAUUAUAAUUGAACAUACCAGAAAGAAUACAUCUAAAUAGGUUACGCAUGGUUGUCUUGAGGGGAUGUCUACGACGUCUGAAUCAAAUUUUAAAGUUGAAAAAAUACCACCAAUGUACAUGAUAUACCUUUUAUUAUUUCUUUCUUCUAUCAUUUUAUAAUGAUUGAAUAACCUCAAAAGUAAAUUUUUACACAAGUAGAUGUCAAAUCGCUACGCAUUAUACGCAUUAUAAGCAUUAUAAGUAUGUCGUCUCAUUUUUUGUAAUUUAAAUUUGAAGAGAUUCUUCAUAUACAUAUAUAUAUCCCUUA